AUGGAUUGCCAUUUCCUGGAUCAAGACGAGAUCGAACUCCUCGGCCGGAGGCGACCUCCAGUCUUUUCAUCCUGGCUCAUCGAGAUGGGUUUCGUCUUUGCCGUUGUCGGAUCCCUCGUCAUGAGUGAGUACGCCAUCAGUGGCUUCAACGUCGCCCUGCCGUCGCUCACAAAGACCCUCAACAUACCCGACUCGGCGAGGACCUGGCCUGCUGCCGUCCCCAACCUCACCACUUCGGCCUUGCUCAUCCCAUUCGCCCGCGUCUGUGACCGAUAUGGGGGCCGUCUCGUCUUUCUGGCUGGCCAUCUCUGGCUGCUCAUAUGGUCCCUCAUCUGCGGCUUUAGCCAGAACCUGACCAUGCUCAUCGUCUGUCGUGCCAUGCAAGGAAUCGGAUCAGCCGCCUUUCUCCCCGCUAGCCUGGCGUUGCUUGGGCAGACGUAUAGACCCGGACCGAGGAAGAACAUCGUCUUUAGUAUAUAUGGUGCGUUCGGGUGUAUUGGCUUCUACUUUGGCAUCGUCAUUGGCGCUGUGUCGUCCGAGAAACUUGGUUGGCGAUGGUUCUUCUGGAUAGGCACUUUUUGUAGCCUCCUUAUCAUCAUCAUCGGUCGCCUCUCGAUUCCUUCCAACCUCGGCGGCUCGAACCCGGAUGUCAAGAUGGACUGGCCUGGACUCUUGACCAUUGUGCCUGGCGUCUCGCUUGUUGUGUAUGCCAUCACUGACAGCGGCCGAGCACCUCACGGAUGGCGAACUUCCUACAUCCUCAUCACCUACAUCCUUGGCAUGCUGCUGCUCGUCGCAGCGGUAUAUGUUCAAGGGUGGGUCUCCAAACACCCGUUACUCCCUGCUGAGCUCUUCCGCCCCAAGUAUAUGAAGAGACUUGUCGCAUGCCUGUUCAUCGAGUAUGGCGUAUUUGGGUUGUAUCUCUUUUAUGCCAGCUUUUAUAUGGAGGAAGUCCUCAAAGCGUCGCCUCUCCAAGCAGCCGUGUGGUUCGCCCCAUUGCCCAGCCUGGGGCUUGUGUUGGCACUUAUAAGCGGAUUCAUAUUGCAUUUGGUACCCGGUCGCAUCCUGAUGAUCAUCUCAGGCUUUGGGUUCUUCGCUUCUGUCCUGCUAUUCGCUCUCAUGCCUGAGACGAGUGGAUCGAAGUGGCGUGCGUACUGGUCAUACGUCUUCCCUGCCAUGCUUUGCUCCACGAUUGGUGUAGACAUCGUUUUCAACGUGACCAAUGUCUUUAUCACCACUUCGCAGCCUCGAAGGCUUCAAGCCGUGGCCGGAGCCCUGUGUAACAGCUUGCUGUAUCUGGGCAUCGCCUUUUGGCUGGGAGUCAGCGAGCUCGCAGUAGCUGCGGCGAAAGAGGUUCAACGAAUUGACAAGAUGGAUCGGCGACAGCAAAACCAGAUCGGCUUCUGGACAGCCACUGGCCUUGCGUCUGUGUCUGUGAUCCUGGUCUUCACCAUCAAGCUGGGACAGGCGACAGCUGAAUUGACGGCGGACGAGAAGAUCGAGUUGCAGCAGCGGGAGCCCAACAAAUGCGUCGACUUUGAAGACACGUCGGCGGGAGUAGAGAUUGGUUGA